AGGUUAUGUCUGAAAGCUAUUACACUUGUAGAAAAUUGCAAUAUUUUUAAAAUAUAGAAAUGAAUUCAGAAAUAGAACAGCAGCUUCUCCACCAUGCUAGAAAUGGCAACACUGAAGAAGUUAGGCAACUAUUAGAAACUCUGGAGAAGAAUGAAGUGAUUGCUGAUAUCAACUGUAAAGGAAAAAGUAAGUCUAAUUUGGGAUGGACACCUCUUCAUCUUGCAUGCUAUUUUGGACAUGGACAAGUGGUUCAAGAUCUAUUAAAGGCUGGUGCAGAAGUAAAUGUACUAAAUGACAUGGGAGACACGCCGCUUCAUCGUGCUGCUUUCACAGGACGAAAGGAGUUGGUUAUGCUUCUUUUAGAAUAUAAUGCUGAUGCUACCAUUGUUAAUGGGAGUGGACAGACAGCAACAGAAGUCACACACAAUAAAGAAAUCAGAAACAUGCUUAAAGCUGUGGAAAGGACUCAACAAAGAAAGCUUGAAGAAUUACUUUUAGCAGCAGCAAGAGAAGGCAAAGCAGCAGAACUCAUAGCUCUGCUCAACAGGCCCAAUCCUCCUGAUGUCAACUGUUCAGAUCAGUUAGGUAAUACACCACUGCAUUGUGCAGCUUACCGAGCUCAUAAACAGUGUGCCCUCAAGCUUCUAAAAAGUGGAGCCGACCCAAAUAUAAAAAACAAAAAUGAUCAAAAACCCCUUGACCUUGCCCAGGGUGUUGAAAUGAAACAUGUUCUUCUUGGUCAUAAGGUCAUCUACAAAGCAUUGAAACGAUUUGAAGGCCCUCUCUGGAAGAGUUCAAGAUUUUUUGGCUGGAACUUAUUUUGGGUAGUAUUAGAACAUGGAGUCCUUUCAUGGUAUAGAAAACAGCUUGAUGCUGUCCAUAAUAUUUAUCGCCAGGGAUGCAAGCAUCUAACUCAAGCAGUGUGCACGGUAAAAUCUACAGAUAGCUGCCUCUUCUUUAUUAAGUGCUUUGAUGACAGCAUUCAUGGCUUCAGGGUUCCUAAGAACAACCUUCAACUGUCAAGAGAGAAUUGGUUGGAAGCAAUUGAAGAACAUUCUGCAUAUAGUACACACUACUGUUCCCAGGACCAGCUAACUGAUGAUGAAGAGGAGGAUACAGUUUCUGCUGUGGACUUGAAGGAGUCUUUAGAGAAAGCACAGACAUGUCAACAGAAAUUAGACAAGGAAAUUUCCAUCUUUCUUAAAAUGAUUCAGGAGUGUGACAUGGCAAAAGAAAUGCUUCCAUCAUUUCUUCAGAAAGUUGAAAUUGUCUCUGAAGCGUCUAGAGAAACCUGUGAAGCUUUGAGUGAUUGUCUUAAUCUCUUUACUAAACAAGAAGGGGUGAGGAAUUUUAAAUUGGAACAGGAGCAAGAAAAAAACAAAAUUUUGUCAGAAGCACUGGAGACCUUAGCCACGGCACAUCAUGAAUUAGAGCAGUCUCUAGUCAAAGGCUCAACACCUCUCAACAGUCUUAGUGAAGACGAGUUCUAUGAUGCACUGUCGGAUUCCGAAUCUGAACGGUCCCUGAGUCGAUUGGAAGCAGUUACAGCAUACUCUGUCGAAGAGGAAAAAGAGCAUUUGAGCGGGAGAAGACUCAGAAUGUCUGAAGAAAAAGAUUGUGGUGGUGGAGAUGCUCUUUCUAAUGGCAUCAAAAAGCACAGAACAAGCUUGCCCUCCCCGAUGUUUUCCAGAAAUGACUUCAGUAUCUGGAGCAUCCUCAGAAAAUGUAUUGGAAUGGAAUUAUCCAAGAUCACCAUGCCAGUUAUAUUUAACGAGCCUUUGAGCUUCCUACAGCGACUCACUGAAUAUAUGGAGCAUACAUACCUCAUCCACAAAGCUAGUUCAUUUUCUGACCCUGUGGAAAGGAUGCAGUGUGUAGCUGCAUUUGCUGUAUCUGCUGUUGCUUCUCAAUGGGAACGAACUGGAAAGCCUUUCAACCCCCUUUUGGGAGAGACCUAUGAAUUAGUUCGAGAUGACCUUGGGUUCAGACUUAUCUCUGAACAAGUCAGUCACCACCCACCUAUUAGUGCAUUUCAUGCUGAAGGAUUAAGUAACGAUUUCAUCUUUCAUGGCUCAAUCUAUCCCAAGCUGAAGUUCUGGGGGAAGAGUGUAGAAGCAGAACCCAAAGGAAUCAUAACUUUGGAGCUUCUUGAACAUAAUGAGGCAUAUACAUGGACAAAUCCUACCUGUUGUGUGCAUAACAUCAUUGUGGGGAAACUCUGGAUCGAGCAGUAUGGCAAUGUAGAAAUCAUAAACCACAAGACUGGAGACAAAUGUGUGUUGAAUUUUAAGCCAUGCGGUCUUUUUGGCAAGGAAUUACACAAAGUUGAAGGCUACAUUCAAGAUAAGAGCAAGAAGAAGCUUUGUGCCCUUUAUGGAAAGUGGACUGAAUGUUUGUACAGUGUUGACCCUGCCACAUUUGAUGCUUAUAAAAAAAAUGACAAAAAAAAUACUGAAGACAAAAAGAACAGCAAACAGAUGAGCAGUUCUGAGGAAUCCGAUGAAAUGCCAGUGCCAGAUUCUGAAAGUGUAUAUGUUAUCCCUGGAAGUGUUCUCUUAUGGCGAAUAGCACCACGACCUCCCAAUUCUGCGCAGAUGUACAAUUUUACUAGCUUUGCAAUGGUUUUGAAUGAAGUAGACAAGGAAAUGGAAAGUGUGAUUCCGAAGACAGACUGCAGGUUACGGCCUGACAUCAGAGCCAUGGAAAAUGGAGAAAUAGAUCAAGCUAGUGAAGAAAAGAAGCGACUUGAAGAAAAACAGAGAGCAGCUCGCAAAAACAGAUCCAAGUCAGAAGAAGACUGGAAGACCAGGUGGUUUCAUCAAGGCCCUAAUCCCUACAAUGGAGCACAGGAUUGGCUUUAUUCGGGCAGCUACUGGGACAGAAACUACUUCAAUUUACCUGACAUUUAUUAAAAUGCAGACAAGUCAGUGUGUUUGGCUACAAAUGUCUUAAACAUGUUUUUAGAUUUUCCCUUCCUCUUGAUUUUACUCAUUUAAAAAAAAAUAUAUAUAUAUAUACUCCUGAGAUAAUUUGAUUUCACCCAACGAAAAAACAGGAUAUAAGGUGGUACAGGUGAUGGAAAUCUUAGAAUAAAUUUUAUUUUACUACCCAAACAUACUUACUUGGAAUAGUUUUAUAUUGAGGGAAGAAUGAAGAUAAAGUGCUGGAAAAUGUGCUUUCAUGGUUGUGAUUGCCAUAUUUACUGAAGGUUUAUACGUAAAUAUAACUUUAGCUUACAGAAUCAGAUGAUACAGAAAAUCAAGUUAUUUUAAAUAUUUUUAUGCUGUCAUGCUCAAAUGUUUUCGAAGUAACAAUGAAAUGUUUAAGAAUUGUUUGUGCUCAAAUAUAGAGGAAGAUGUCAUUUUGUGGACUACCUUAAUAAGAUGUUCUCCAUACUAAUUCAAUUUUACUACUUCCCACUCCCAAAAGAGAAAAAGACAGACUAUUCAGAAUAUUAUUACUGAUUUGAAAAUUCUGGAAAAUUAAACUUGAAAAGGUAUUUCAUUUGCUUAUUUUACCGCUGAAUUAAUUUUAGUUUGAUGUAAUCAUUGUCAUUAGAAUUAAAGGUGUUCAAAUUGUAUGUUUAAAAAUAUGUAUAAAAUUUAGUAAUUUAUAGAAAGUGUCUUAGAGAAUAGAUUAUAAUUGUUAUUGACCUCUUUUUAAAUGCUUCAACUUCCAGUGACAAGUACCACAAAGAAAUUGAGAUAUACUUAUGUUUCAAGCUGUGUAAAAGAGACAUCUUGAUAAGCUGUCUUAAUAAAUAAAAGCCUGUUUAUCUGAAGUUUGCGAGGCUCCUGUAUACUUAAAAUAUGUAUGGAGAUCUACUGUACAGUAGCAGCUUUGCCCCUUUAAUUGGGGUAUUUAUCCGCCCAUUGCCAGACAGAUAUUUGCUCCCUAGGGUAGUUGCCAGUAAAUUUUGUCUUGAAGUUAACAAAUGUUAAAAUUACAUAUUCUAAUACUAAAUAAAGGCUCUAGCUUACUCCUAAAAA